AUGUCAGAAAGUCAAUUAGCUGCUCUCAAGAUUGAUCGGGACAGGUUAUGGAGAGACCUACAUGAGACGUGUCAAUGGGGAAAGGGUGAGCGCUGGGGAGACGGACCAACAGAUAUUGGCAUGUCCCGUCUCACAUUAUCUGACGAAGACAAGCAGGCUCGAGAUUAUUUUGUGAAAACCAAUAAGGAUCUUGGUUGUGAAGUGAAGAUAGAUGCUAUGGGAAAUAUUUUUGCGAUUCGCCCUGGAAAGAACAAUUCAGCUCCUCCAACAUAUGCUGGAAGUCAUCUAGAUACCCAGCCUACAGGAGGACGAUAUGACGGUAUACUCGGCAUUCAUGCUGGUCUGGAGGCACUGAAAACAAUGAGAGAUAAUGAUAUUGAGACUGAGUAUCCUACAGGUGUCAUCAAUUGGACAAACGAAGAAGGAGCCCGCUUUCCAAUUUCCAUGGUCGCCUCCGGUGUAUGGGCAGAUGCAAUUCCUUUACAAAAAGCAUAUGAUUUACUCUCGGUUGGCGCUUCUCCCGUCACCCAGAAAUCUGAACUCGAACGUAUUGGAUACCUUGGAUCCCUUCCUGCUUCUUAUGCAGAAAACCCCAUCGGUGCUCACUUUGAACUACACAUAGAGCAAGGACCAAUCCUUGAAGCGUCAGGAGGAUUGAUUGGCGCGGUGGAAGGCGUACAGGCGUACAAAUGGUUUACUGUGAGUGUGAAGGGGAAGGAUUGCCAUACGGGAACUACGGACUUUGCGAAUAGGAGUGAUGCCCUGUUGACGGCGGCGAAAUUGAUUGUUCAUAGUCAUGAUAGAGCUAGUGAGAUGGGGUGUCUGGCUUCCACGGGAAUUUUGAACUUGAAACCUGGCUCGACGAAUACCGUCCCGGGAUAUGUACAAUUUUCGUUGGACAUCAGGUCGAAAGAAGACGCUAAGGUGCUUCAACUCGAAGAACUGCUGAAGGCAGAAUUCGCAAAGAUUGCUGGCGGCGAGAAAGUCAAUGGCAUGAACACUCAGGGUACGCGAGGGAGAGGCUGUACUGUAGAAUGGCAGCUUGACACCGACUCGCCCGCCACCAAGUUCCAUAAGGAUUGCAUUGAUUGUGUCGAGAGAAGCGCAGCAGACAUGAUUGGAACUGAGAAUGAUAAAAAGGUUCAAAGGAUGACUUCUGGAGCUGGACAUGAUAGGAUUUUCGUACCGUGUAGAGACGGUGUGUCGCAUAAUCCAUCGGAAUAUUGUAGUCCAGAAGAUUGCGGCAACGGCGCACAAGUUCUGUUCGGCGCCAUGCUACGAUAUGAUCGACUUCGAGCAGGAAAGAAAUCAUAG